UCUGCCGGUUUAGCCGAAGUGACAUCGUUGACGCUACGUGGCAAUUGAAACAGUCUGGCUCUCUCGCGCCACUAUAGAAGAGCGAUAGAGACAGCUUACGAAGCGUUUGCGACUGUGACCUAAUUACCCAGUACCACAGAGUCUGCAGUACUGGAGCCACCAUGAGUGCGAUACUCGGCAGGCCUGACUACUUGGCCUGCACUGCAAUCGGCAAUGCUAUGAAGACGUCAAGCUUCGUUCCAUUAUUGCUGUCGGCUAUAGCCUACUUCAAUUUCUUCAAGUACGAUGUGAAGGACCCAGAAGGUUGCAUACCCGGCAUCGAUGAGUCUAAUCUUCUGUUUGAAUACGACUUCAUCAUAGUGGGUGCUGGUUCUGCAGGUUCUGUGGUGGCGAACCGAUUAUCCGAAAAAAACUGGAAAAUUCUUCUAUUAGAGGCUGGUGGUGAUGAAACUGAAAUAUCUGAUAUUCCUCUAUUAGCUGGAUAUUUACAAAAGAGUGAAUUAGACUGGAAAUAUACUACAGAGCCCAAUGAAAACUAUUGUUUGGCAUUGGAAGGCGGCAGGUGCUGUUGGCCGCGUGGAAAAGUUCUUGGUGGCUGUUCCGUCCUGAACUACAUGCUUUACUUAAGAGGUAACAGGAGAGAUUACGACACGUGGCAAUCCUUGGGCAAUAAGGGAUGGGGAUACGACGAUGUAUUAUACUACUUCAAGAAAUCAGAAGACAACCAAAAUCCUUCUUUAGCAGACACUGAUUAUCAUGGCAAAGGAGGAUAUUUAACUGUAUCUGAGGCUCCUUAUCACACACCUUUAGUUGAAGGAUUUAUUGAAGCUGGAAAAGAAUUAGGGUAUGAGAAUAGAGACAUCAAUGGUCAAAAACAAACCGGAUUUAUGAUCGCCCAGGGCACAGUGAGAAACGGAAGUCGCUGCUCUACAGCCAAAGCAUUUCUAAGGCCAGCUAAAAACCGUCCAAAUCUCCACAUAUCUUUAAGCUCAUUUGUAACUAAAGUGUUAAUAGACCCAGUAACAAAAAUCGCAUUCGGUGUAGAAUUUGUCAAGAACAAUAAGAUCCAUCGCGUCAGAGCCAGAAAGGAAGUGAUACUGUCAGCUGGAUCAAUUAAUUCGGCUCAGCUGUUAAUGUUAUCUGGCAUCGGACCGUCAGAGGAGUUAACCAAACACCAAAUACCAGUAAUACAAAAUUUAAAAGUUGGGUAUAACUUGCAAGACCAUGUAGCUGCAGGUGGGGUCGACUUUUUACUACAGAAAAACGCACAUGAAGCAGUUGAUGUCGAAUGUGGGUCGUUAGACACUUCAUUGAAUUAUGCCGUUAAUGGGACAGGACCUUUGACUAGCCUGGGAGGAGUUGAAGGUUUAGCCUUCGUUAACACAAAAUAUGCUAACGCAAGUGAAGAUUAUCCCGAUAUCGAGUUUCACUUUCUGACCAGAGCCACAAGUUCUGAUAAAGGAAAAAUUUUCAGACUGAUUCAAGGGAUUACAGAUGAUUUUUAUGAUGCAGUGUGGGCACCGGUUACAAAGCCGACAUGGUCCAUCAUGCCCAUGUUGUUGAGACCAUAUAGUUUAGGUCGCAUACAGUUAAGAAGUGCUGACCCCUAUGACCCUCCGCUUAUAUACCCGAAUUAUUUCACAGAUGAAAACGAUAUGGAUAUUAAAACUCUGGUCGAAGGAGUAAAGAUCGUGUAUGCUUUGUCAAAAACGAAAGCAAUGCAGUAUUUCGAGUCGAAAUUUAAUCCGAACAUCUUUCCUGCUUGCAAAAAUGUACCGCGGUUCAGUGAUGCGUUCUGGGAAUGUAUGAUCCGUCAGUUUACGGUGACGGUGUACCACCCGGUGGGGACGGCUAAGAUGGGUCCGUACUGGGAUCCAGACGCAGUGGUGGACGACGAGCUGCGCGUGUACGGGGUCAAGGGGCUGCGGGUCGUCGACGGGAGCAUCAUGCCUCUCAUGGUGAGCGGGAACACCAACGCUCCCAUCAUCAUGAUAGGCGAAAAGGGAAGUGAUAUGAUCAAGGAAUAUUGGUUGAAGGAAGGAAAGCAUCGAUACUAGUGUAAUAUUUUACGUAUAUUUUGAUAAGUAGAUUGAUAUAAGUAUUAAAGUAAACGUUACAAUAUAAAUGAAGACUGGCAUCA